UUAAAUUAUAAAAAAUAAAUAGUUUGAUUAGUUGAUUAAUUAACAAUUGUCGAUAUAGAUACAUAUGCACUGUCAAUCGUAUUAAUAAAAUAUACAUAUACUAUCAAGCUGGUAAUCGUUCAUCACUAAUUUUUAAUAAUAACAAUUUAAGCUUUUAUUUUGUCAUUUGAAAAUUGAAAAAAAAAAAAAUAAAAUAAUAAUAAAAAUGAAGAAAAAGGUAUUGUUGAUGGGAAAAAGCGGAUCUGGAAAAACAAGUAUGCGGAGUAUUAUAUUUGCAAAUUAUAUUGCCAGAGAUACCCGACGAUUAGGAGCAACAAUUGAUGUCGAACACAGUCAUGUAAGAUUCCUUGGAAAUUUGGUAUUAAAUUUAUGGGACUGUGGUGGUCAAGAAGCAUUCAUGGAAAACUAUUUUGCCUCACAACGGGAUAAUAUAUUCAGAAAUGUUGAAGUUUUGAUUUAUGUAUUCGAUGUAGAAUCACGUGAAUUAGAUAAAGAUAUGCAUUAUUAUCAAAGUUGUUUGGAAGCAAUACUACAAAAUAGUCCAGAUGCUAAAAUAUUUUGUCUUGUUCAUAAAAUGGAUUUGGUCCAAGAGGAUCAAAGAGAUGUUAUAUUUAGAGAACGGGCUGAAGAUUUGAAAAAACUUAGUCUCCCUCUUGAUUGUACUUGUUUCAGAACAAGUAUAUGGGAUGAAACUUUAUACAGGGCAUGGUCUUCCAUUGUUUACAUGCUGAUUCCAAAUGUUAAGGAAUUGGAACAAAGUCUCAAACAAUUUGCCAAUAUUAUUGAUGCCGAUGAAGUUUUAUUGUUUGAAAGAGCAACUUUUCUUGUAAUCAGUCAUUGUCAAAGAAAAUAUCACAGAGAUGUUCAUCGCUUUGAAAAAGUUUCUAAUAUUAUAAAACAGUUUAAAUUGAGUUGUAGUAAAUUAGCAUCUCAAUUUUUGAGUAUGGAAGUAAGAAAUACUAAUUUUGCUGCUUUUAUUGAUGUAUUUACUUCAAAUACAUACGUUAUGGUAAUAAUGUCUGAUCCAGCAAUACCUUCAGCAGCAACGCUUAUAAAUAUUAGAAAUGCUCGAAAGCAUUUUGAAAAAUUGGAACGCGUAAGUCAAAGUUCAGCGUUGAAUGGAUAAAAUUUAGCUCGGUCCAAGCGUUUAAUCGCUCGGACCCAAGUCUUUAACUGGCUUUAACAAUAUAA